AUGGACACGGAUGAUGAUACGUCUGAUAUUCGACACAUAUUAUUAACAUAUUGGCCUGAUGUAUUUGAAUCGUCUUCAAGCGAUGUUUCGGUUAUUAAGUUAAUUUCAAAACCAGAAAGUCUUCAUAAACGUUGGCAAAUAUGUUUACCACCUACUACUACCAGUUAUAUUCUUAAGCAAUUAACACAUGGACAAAAUCUUGAAUAUGAACUUAAUUAUUUGGCUGAUUUUCAUAAGUAUCUUGAUACAUCAUCAUUGCAAGUACCACAUCCAAUUGCUUUAUCAUCAUCACAAGCAUUAUUUAUUGAAUAUAAUCAUCAUUUUUAUUGGCUCUAUGAAUAUAUUAAUGGGAAUAUUCAAAAGGUUGAUUUUGAUGAACAACAAAUGUUAGCAUUAGCCACUUGUUUGUCAAAAUAUCAUCAUUUUUUAAUUACUCAUAAUCCACCUCUUCACACAAAAGAAAAUUCACAUAGAGUAGCACGAUUAUUAGAUGAAUUAAGAACAUCAAUGGCAAUGAUAAGAUUAAAAAAACAACAACAACAACAACAACAACAACAAUCAGAAACAACAGAAAUUGAUAUAGUUGAAGAAUAUGUUUUUGAUUGUUAUCCUCAGUUAUCAAAAAUAAUUAAGGAUAUAUUAAAAAAAAAAGGAGCAACAGCUACAGCAAUUAAAGCAUAUCCAAUACAUGGUGAUAUACGUCCAACUAAUGUUAUUUGGGAUGAUAAUAAGAAUAUUAUUGGUCUAUUAGAUUUUGAAAAUGUAGAUGAAAAUGAAUGUUAUACAUUAUGGAGAGAUUUAGCAAUAUGUUCAUUAACAUUUUGUUGUUCUGAUGAUGAUCAAUCACAAUCAAAUAUUAAUAAAAUUCAAAUAUUAAUAAAUGAAUAUUUAAAAUUAGUUUUUAUUGGUCUACCAAUUCCUUGGUUAACAAAAAAUGAAUUUGCUAAUUCAAUAUUAGAUGAAAUGAUUAUGUGUUCAAUUGAAGAUUAUUUAUUUCUAUAUUGGCAAUAUAAAAAUAAUGAAAGUGAAAAUUUUCAAGGUUUAGAUGAAAUGAAAUUAUAUUAUAAACGUAGUAUAUGGCAUUAUGAAAAUAUAUCAAAAUUUUAUUAA